AUGUCGUCCGAUACCGUCUCCUUUGACGUAUUUCGUGGCGUCUCAGGCAACAUUGUCGCUGACCACGCGACCAAGACUCUCGGGAACAAUGAAAUCUUCAUCGAAACUACACACUCUGGUCUGUGCGGAACCGAUCUACACUACCUUCACUCCGGAAAGGUACUAGGACACGAAGGUGUAGGUAUUGUGCGCAAGCUGGGUCCCAACGUGACCUCAGUUAAGGUAGGUGAUAGAGUUGGAUUCGGGUAUACCAGAAAAGUCUGUGGCAGUUGUCAACAUUGCUUGUCUGGGUGGGACCAAUUCUGUGAAAAUGUGGUCGAUUUUGAGACUAAAGGAGAUCCUGAUAUUGGAUCACUCUCAAACGGCGUUGUUUGGGAUGCUGAUGCAGUAGUCCCUGUUCCUGAUGGCUACGACUCCGUCGAUGCUGCACCUUUGCUUUGUGCCGGUGGAACAGUCUGGACCGUCUUGACUGAAUAUGGCAUCAAGGCUACGGAUCGAGUCGGUAUCCUUGGUAUUGGAGGACUCGGUCACUUGGCAAUCAAGCUCGCUGCUGCGUUAGGCUGCCAUGUGGUUGUCCUUUCCAGCUCCGACUCAAAGAGGCAGGAAGCUUUUGAAUUUGGUGCAAAUGAGUAUUAUAUCUUGAAGUCAGGGGAGAAGCCGGAAGGUAUGAAGCCUCUGGAUCACUUGUUGGUUUGCGGAAGUUCGUCGAAUAUGGACUACACCUUCCUGGUCGAUUUGAUGGCUAUCCACGGUUCCAUUUAUCCCCUCACUGUCUCUUUCGACAAAGUUCCCGUCCGUCUCCAUAAUGCCGUUCUCAAAGGCGUACGGAUUCAGGGAGCCUUGACGGCCUCUCGUGGAGGGCUCCGUAAGUUGUAUAAAUUUGCGUCCGAGCGAAACAUUCAUCCCAAUGUACAAAAGUUCCCAAUGUCUGUUGAGGGUAUAGAAGCCGCCGCCAAAACUCUUGACAGUGGCAAGAUGCGCUAUCGCGGUGUUUUAUGUUGGAAUUAG